UGACGCAGUGUGUGUUGCUGACGCGCUCAGCUGUUGGGAUCUGGUAGUUUCUGGUGGAGUGAGUGUGACUCCGGCUGUUCUCUCUCUCACUCACUGAGUCUGAGUGCUCGCUCUCGGGUGCAGUUCGCGGGAGAGGGGGGCCGGCUCCCCGGGGUCCGGGAUGGAUUUCUCCAGUAUAUUGAAGGUGGCAGCAACACUGCAGCCGGAUGGGGGAACGAAAAGAUACAGUCUGGCAGUAGGACCCCCUAAGAAGGACCCAAAGAUUAAAGGAGUGCACUCUGCAGCAGUACAGGCCUUCCUCAGGAAGAAAGAUGAUGAGAUUCGCAAAAAAGAAUUGGAAGAAAAGAGGAAGAAAGAGGACUUAUUGGCCAAACGCAAGGAACUGAAACAUGACAAGAAGGCCAGGGCAAUGGCUUCAAGGACAAAAGACAAUUUCAGAGGCUACAAUGGUGUUCCAGUGGAGGAUAAACCCAGAAAAAGACAUUCCAACUCUGAAGAAGACCAGAGCACGAAUGCCAAGUCGGAUGAGGAGUAUAUGACAGAAGAAGAGCUCUAUGAGUACUCUCAGACUGAAUCUGAGCAAGAGGAAGAGAUUGAGGAGCCAGCACCGCCCCCUAAGAAAAUACCAAAAUUAUCAAAUGUGAAAAAAGCUGCUCCUCCGGCAAUGAACUUUACUGAAUUGCUUAGACUUGCUGAAAAGAAACAGUUUGAGCCAGUGGAAAUUGUGAAACCUGUGAAAAAAUCAGACGAUCGGCCAAGGACUGCCGAAGAGCUCAGAGAAUUGGAGUUUUUGGAGAGAAAAAUGUAUAAGGACAUAAAGACUGUGGACAGAGACUCAAAAAAUGGCCAGGUUGUGAAAGUCAGUAAAAGCUCUGGUGACAAGCAUUUGUCUUCAAAAGGAAGCCAUUCCAUGGACAAGAAAUCAAAGUCUCAUGAAAAAUAUUCCAGUUCAUUGUCAAAAUCAAGCCCUACAGAGAAAGUAAAAAGUGGACACCAUGGAACAAUGAAAAAAUCCUCCAGUGAAAGUGGUAGUCGAGUAGAACAAAGUGUGCCUGUCCCCACUUCUAAAGUCCACAAGGUUUCUUUAAAUGGAAACCUAAAAUCUUCUUCAGUUAAACACUCAUCGACUGCUAGAACUGAAAGCGUGGUCAACUCAAAUGGCAAGAGUCAUGGGAGUGCACGACAAUGUGGCAACUCCAACUCAGGUUCCAGCUCUGCCCGGCCAUCUUUGGGAUCUAGCUCUGCUAGGCCUUCUGGGUCCCAUUCCUCCACUCAACAUUCUAGCAACUCUAGUUCUGGGUCUGCUGGACCAUCUGGCAGUUCUGGAUUUGUUCGGCCCUCUGGAAAAUCUGGAUCUGUACAACCCUCUGGUAACUCUACUUCUGGAUCUGUUAAGCACGCUGGCGGCUCUAGUUCUAGAUCUGUUAAGCACGCUGGCGGCUCUAGUUCUGGAUCUGUUAAGCACGCUGGCGGCUCUAGUUCUGGAUCUGUUAAGCACGCUGGCGGCUCUAGUUCUGGAUCUGUUAAGCACGCUGGCGGCUCUAGUUCUGGAUCUGUUAAGCACGCUGGCGGCUCUAGUUCUGGAUCUGUUAAGCACGCUGGCGGCUCUAGUUCUGGGUCUGUUAAGCACGCUGGCGGCUCUAGUUCUGGGUCUGUUAAGCACGCUGGCGGCUCUAGUUCUGGAUCUGUUAAGCACGCUGGCGGCUCUAGUUCUGGAUCUGUUAAGCACGCUGGCGGCUCUAGUUCUGGAUCUGUUAAGCACGCUGGCGGCUCUAGUUCUGGAUCUGUUAAGCACGCUGGCGGCUCUAGUUCUGGAUCUGUUAAGCACGCUGGCGGCUCUAGUUCUGGAUCUGUUAAGCACGCUGGCGGCUCUAGUUCUGGGUCUGUUAAGCACGCUGGCGGCUCUAGUUCUGGAUCUGUUAAGCACGCUGGCGGCCCUAGUUCUGGAUCUGUUAAGCACGCUGGCGGCCCUAGUUCUGGAUCUGUUAAGCACGCUGGCGGCCCUAGUUCUGGAUCUGUUAAGCACGCUGGCGGCCCUAGUUCUGGAUCUGUUAAGCACGCUGGCGGCCCUAGUUCUGGAUCUGUUAAGCACGCUGGCGGCCCUAGUUCUGGAUCUGUUAAGCACGCUGGCGGCCCUAGUUCUGGAUCUGUUCGUCCAUCUGGGACCUCUGGUUCUGUGCGACCCUCUGGCAGCUCUAAUUUGGUGUCAGGUCGAACCCUGGGUAUUAGUUCUGGAUCCAGUAAGCUUUCUGGCAACUCUGGCCCCGGUUUAUCUCGUCCAGGUAGUGUUGGGCAGUCAAACACCAGCUUUGGAUCCAGCCGACCACAUAGUAGUUCUUCACUGCCAGGGAGCACUCCUAAAAGUGCCCCUAUUCGGCCAGGAUCUUCCUCUGUACGGCCGAGCAGCAACAUGGCACCUGCUGCUGGACGUGUCUCUGGUGGUUCAGGACCUGGUCGGCCUGUUAACAAUUUGGUUGCAGGACAUGGAGCACUUGGGAAACCAAAGUGUACUGUAAUAUCGGAAACCAUCUCAUCGAAAAACUUUAUUCCUAAAUCAAACAAUGGACAAACAAAUGGAAUGAAACCCGGCCCACCUAAGCCAAUGGCUCGCCCACCAGGUCCCCCUAAACCACCAAUAACUAUUUCUUACAAACGAAGAAUUGACGAUGACGAUGAAGAUUUUGAUUCAGAGAUGGAAGAUUUUAUUGAUGAUGGAGGGGAGUCCCAAGAUGAAAUAUCAAAGCACAUUCGAGAAAUAUUUGGCUACGACAGAAAUAAGUAUAAAGAUGAAAGUGAUUAUGCCCUGAGGUACAUGGAAAGCAGUUUCCGGGAGCAGCAGAAAGAGGAAGCCAGGAGUUUGCGAUUGGGUAUUCAAGAGGACUUGGAAGAGUUAAGACGCGAGGAGGAAGAAUUGAAAAGGCAAGCCAAACAGAGUGUGGCAAAGCGGAAGAAAACCCGGUAGCAGUAGUUUUACAUGUUACGGAUCUAAACACUGACUUGGGCCUUCUCAGUCCAUGCUCUGGCUAUGAUAGGAUACAAUCUUACAAUACCAUCGAAGUAAGUUCUGCUGCUGGAACGAACCACACCGCAAUGGCACACAACCUGGAAAUCAUAUGGUCACUUCUGGUACCUAAAAUAGGUUAUCACCGUGGCAAACGAAAAAGGCAUAGAAAAACACAAUUUGUGUUUAAACUUGUGUUUACUUGUAAAAAGGAAAAAAAAACUAUUUUUUAAAGUCUUUAACUACAAUUAAAUAAAAUUACAGGCUAUUUGUACCUAGAUGAAAUUUAUCAUAGGUCAAUACAGAUUUUGCAGAAACUGCCAUGAGAUAUAGAGGAAAAUGUGCUUUAUAUUUGUUUAAUUUUUUAUUUGAGAGAUAUGUAUGAUUUUUUUUCUUCUUUAAAAGUAUGAAAUAUAUGUUCUGAGAACAGAUCUGUGGAAUGAAUAAAUUAUUCAGAAGAAAAGGUUAUAAACCUGUGCUCUGUUUUGAGGGAUAAAAAUGCCAUUUAUUGCAUACCUUAACAUCUUUAGUUCCAUGUUUGUCUUUGUGCAAUAUAUCAGACAUUCUUUUUAUAACAAGGAUGUGUACAGUCCUUACAAGUGCACUUACCCAAUGCAGAGUGGGCUGGUACCUAAUUUCUUUAAGAAGCUCAAAUGGUUUGCUGGUCAUCUUCAAAGUAUAUAAUUUAUUUACAGCCUGCCGUGGGUCAAUAUUUAUGAAGGGCAAGUGAUGUCACAAUGAUGGCAAAAUAUGGGGAGAGGGGGGAUAUCAAAGUGCAU